AUGGGGUGCUGUGGAGACCGUGAAAAGGGCGUCACCGUGACCGAGGAGCAGAAAUGGGACUACAUUACGCUGUCUGACUUCAAGUCAACCUCGUGUCUCGCGCCCUUUUCCUACGCUUGGCUGUGGAUCCUCGUUCUCAUCUCCUGCGCCGUCUACGCCGCCGAUGCCUUCACUGCCGUCAACCUCCUCGCCUUUGACAAGUGGACGAGCCAAGUCAAGCCCGUCGUUCCCUUUGAAAUCGCAAAAUGGAUCUUCGCCAUCACCAUCAUCAUCUCCUAUGUUUUCCUCAUAUACCGAUGGAUCCGCGCUCUGCGCGUCAUGCGCAUGGGCAGUGUGACCGAGUGCUACCUCGAGCCUUUGGCUGCUAUCUUGCAGAGUAUGCGCAUCACAAAGGAGGGUCAGGGUUGGCGUCGCUUCUUGGUCUUCGCCGAGUUGACCAAGAGUAAAAAGGGUGCCAACUACAUUGCCCUCUUCGUCUACUUCCAGUUCAAGAGCGCCCUAAUCCUCAUUGUCGCCCAAGGACCGCGCAUUGCUCUCAACGCCAUGACCCUGUAUGCCGUCAUGCAAGCCCAGAUUAUCCCAGGAGGCGAUCACAGUGCCAAGGACCGUUCCAAUUUUGAGCAGUUCUUCAUGAAUAUCAAAAUCAUGGUCGACACCGGCAACAAGCAGGAAAUCGUCAUCUACUUCACCAUGUUGUUCUCGCUCGUCAUCUGGGUCAUUACCGCCCUGUCCUUGCUCGCCGCUGGACUAGCAUACAUCUUCUUCCUGUGGCACUACAUUCCCAAGGCUGACGGCAGCUUGACCAACUACUGCCGACGCAAGGUCGAGACUCGUCUGGAGCGCAUUGUUGGCAAGAAGAUCAAGAAGGCGAUUGAGAGGCAGAACCAGCAAUUGAAGAAGGAAGAAGAGAGGGCUAUCAAGAAGGGUGAAUUCGAUUCAUCAAAAUCACGCCCCACUCUGCCUAAGCUGGACGGAGACGAUGACGACAGAUCAACUGUUUUCUCUAUGCAACGAUCCGACACUAUGAACACGAUUUCAACGCUUCCACCGUAUUCUGCGUCCAAUGCGCCUUCAUACAGGACCAAUACCAUGAACUCAACGGGCCGAAGCUUGAUCCAGAAGCCUUCUCUACCUACGCUGGACGAGCGCCCUGCCAUGCCCAACCGUUCCGAAACAGGCUUUUCCAGCUAUGGCUCUAAUGCGCCCAUGUUGAAUCAAGCCGGUAACAUGGGCAGGUCGUCGCCAGCGCCUCCUAUGCCACCUCUGGAUCGCAAUGGGCCGGGAUACUUUGGUGAACAGCACAACCCGCAAUACGCGCCCGAGAGGUCUUUUACUUCAAUGGCUCAGGGCAGAGCAUCUCCAAUGCCGCCGCGUGGACCAAUGCCGCCUGUUGAUACAAACUACAACAACUUCCAAUACCAGUCCGAGCCUCAACCUAGCCGCCCUUACCAAGAGUUCAGCCCUUUCAACAGCCGAAACCCACAAAUGGGUCAAGAGUACGAGCUUUCGCCUGUUGAUAUGACGCCAACAGAGGACAUUACGCGCCACUACUACGGAGACUCGAGCCCAGAGGACUACCAGCCACCACAGAUGCCGGACAACUUAAGAGCCGGAUCGCCUGCCAUGUCUCGGCCUGCCGGCUUACCGAGCCAGCCACGAUCAGGCACCGCACCGCCUCGUGCUGGUGUGCCACAAUCUCUGCAAUCUGCUAUCCAACGUCGCGAAGCCUCGAACCCUUUCCCCAACCGAGGAAUGAACGGAUCGGCCCUACCUCAACAACAGCAACGCAGCGCAACUGCACCGAUUCAGCAACCGGGUUGGGCUCAAGGUCCUCCCCCACGCAGCUUCACACCUCAGGGACCCCCACCUCGCAGCUUUACACCCCAGGGCCCUCCCCCUCGUAGCUUCACUCCCCAGGGACCUCCUCCACGUAACUUCACCCCACAAGGCCCCGGCCCCCAACAGCGCGGUUACGGUCCAGGUGCUCCCCGCGACUUCGACAGCUACUGA